CGACAAGACACUGCCAAACUAUCUCUGCAGCAGGCUGUAAACAGCAACGGUUACUCAGGAGCGCCGUCUUGAACAGGCUUUUUAGCCUUUUAUCUAGAGUAACACCACUCACUGUACAAGGAAAAUGGAAGACGAUACACUAACAACGCUGAAAAUAUUGAUAAUAGGAGAAAGUGGUGUUGGGAAGUCCAGCCUCCUCUUGAGAUUCACCGAUGACACAUUUGACCCAGAGCAAGCAGCAACAAUAGGUGUUGACUUCAAAGUGAAGACCAUAACUGUGGACGGUAACAAGGCAAAGCUGGCGAUAUGGGACACUGCAGGACAGGAGCGCUUCCGAACCCUGACGCCUAGUUACUACCGUGGUGCCCAGGGAGUCAUACUGGUGUAUGAUGUCACACGGCGAGAAACCUUUGCCAAGCUUGACAACUGGCUCAACGAGCUCGAGACGUACUGUACAAGGAACGACCUCGUGAAAAUGCUUGUGGGGAAUAAAAUUGAUAAGGAAAACCACGAGCUAGACAGGGCCGAAGGACUGAAGUUUGCAAGAAAACAUUCCAUGCUUUUUAUAGAGGCGAGCGCUAAAACCAGGGACGGCGUUCAGUGUGCUUUCGAGGAGCUGGUGGAGAAAAUCAUCCAGACUCCCGGCUUAUGGCAGAGCGAGAACCACGGCAGAGGAGUCCAGCUCACCGACGAAGACGCGGGAGGCGGAAGCUGCGGGGGCUACUGCUCCCUGGUCUAGACAACACACACAGACAUAUUCACACACAUAUGUUCAAACAUACAUGUGAAUACCACACACAGUGCCACACAAGCAUACACACAAACACACUUGAAAGAACAGUCCGCCCCCCCCACCCUCCCACUGUGUGCUGUCCUGAGCUGAGCUCCCUCCUCAGGCAUUAAGGUGAGGUCCAACUGUCUCCCCUCUGUUAAGCUGUAAGGGUUGACCGUCCACACACACACACAUACACACACACACACACACUUCCUGUGUUCACACAGAUUUUUUGCACACUUUCUAAUAACAAUGCUGCGCUAAAAUGCAGCUCAGCCUUCCUCUUAAUAGAAUUUGAGUGACUUUUUCUCUCUGUUUUGUUAUGACUUAAAAGUUUUUCGCAGUUUCGGGUCCUUGGCCAAAAUAUUAACCAUUCUCACUUCAUAUGUUAGAUUUUAUUAAAGCAGUGCAGUGAAAUGAGUCCAAAAGUCGAAACCAAAGUUUGUCAGGCAUAUGGCUUAGUUUCUGAAAUAUGAUAAUGAGAAUGGAAAAACAGUUUUGAUCAAGGGUUCCUUUGUCGUCUCCAGCAUGCUUAUUGUCCUCGGAGCACCUUGCCUUAGAAAGCACAUGUGUAUCAUUGCAGGGCCGACUUUUUCUCCAGUGUUUGUCUUUCUUCUGCUCUGUCCCGUGCUUGAUCCCAAUGCUGCCCGCAGACUCUUAUGAACAUUAUGCUGCUUAUGGAGAAGCUUAUCAAGCCAAGCCAUCUUGUACUCCAUCUCACCACUCUCAGUCAAAAGGCUUGGAUCAUGUGUCUCUGUUGUCCACACAACUGCCUCAUUUUCGUCAGAAUAUAAUAGAGUUACCAACUGUCUGGAAUGAUGUUUUACGACUUUUAUUGACUUGGACUUCAAACUUUUGGUGUGUUUUUGAAGAGCGCAUAAAUCAAAGAGAUUGGCACCAGCAAGCUUUCCACUGGGUGCCGAAGAAGAGGGAACCUCUUAAAAUUGCACGCCUUUUGUUGUAACGAGUUGCUUUAAUGGAGUGCGACCUACUGGCACUCCCUCACUCAGACAGAUAAUAUCAGUAAUAACACCACUAUGGUUUUUCAUAUAGAUCCCUUUGACUGGACAGAGACAAAGGAAAAGUGUUCAAUAUUAGACAGGGCAGUGAGUCAUAAGGGUGUUUCCACUGAAUUUGGAAAAUCAAAGCAAAAGCUGUGUGUUCCACACUGCUAAUGGAUUUCACAGUACUCCUAUCUCUGUAUUUAUUUGAGAAGCAGUUAUAGAUGUGCUUUUGCCCUGACCUCUGGCCAUGUUUGUAGUAUGCGAGUGCUGGUGUGUGUUCCGGGAAAUUCUGGGAAAUGUAGUUCUGAGAGUUUGAUCUUGUAACAGGGAUGGUGAAAAUGACAUGGAUACAAGCAUGUCUUAUCACAAUUUUUUUUUUAAUCUCUUUUUAAUUGCAUGGGAAACUCUGCGUGCCAUUUAUUUGUAUUUGUUUGUCAAAGUGAAUGGCCUCCACGGGCUAUUUACUAUAAACACUUUAACUUAUAUUUAGCUGGAAGUAAAAAAUUGCGUACCAUUUGGAUUUAAUGGUAUAAUAAAACAAAAAGGAACUAGGCUCUUACUUACUUAACUAGUAUAGCUGUCUUUUUUGUCUUCAGAAAUAUGUUGAAACAUGUAAAUUGUGUGUAUUUUUGGAAUUUGGUGGGAGAAUUCCUGUAUGAAUUGUAAAGCUGAAUGUAUACAUAUUUCACUACAAACCGCCCUAUGUAUUACACUAAAUAAAAUUCUUUUUUUAAGCAAA